AUGCGCGCGUCGUGGGUCGAGGUGUCGACGCCGCGUCGUCCGCGUUCGAGUGCGCUCGCGCGCGUCGUCGAAUCCUGCGUCGCCGGCGCGUCGAGCGACCUCGCGAGCGGCGACGACGCGCGCGCGCGCGUCGUCGCGACCGCGGUCGUGAAGCGCGGCGCCUCGGCGCUCGGCGCGGCGUCGGAGGAGUUCGGCGGGACGGCGCCGCGCGGGUUGGCGCGCGCGACGACGGCGCGGCUGCGAGCGCUGGGCGUCUCGGACGCCGUCGUCGACGAGUGCGGACGACGGUUUUGGCGCUCGAGCGAUGGUGCGGAGGUGGUGGUGCCGACGUCGAGCGUCGGGUGGUUGACGCACGCGAAGGCGCAGUAUUGCGCGGCGAGGCGGGACGGAAACGUGGACGCGGCGAGCGAGCGGGACGGGACGGGACGGGCGACGCGGGACAUCGCGGUGGGCGAGACGCUGACGGUGCGCGCGGAGGAGAGCGAGGGCGAUGGGGGGAGCGGUGGAUGGGUGGGCGCGUCGGCGGUGCGCGCGGAGGAGGGCGAGCGAGGAGACGGGUUGUUGCGGUGGUUGACGACGGCGGCGCCGGCGGCGUUGCGAUCGAAGGCGGACGGAUCCGUCGGCGUCUUCGCGCUCGAGGACGUCGCCGCGGGGCGGACGCUGGAUUUUUCGAUGAAACGUGUGGAUGAAAUCGUGCGCGGGAGCCCGCUCGUGGGCGAGGAGGUGCACGGGAAGUUGGCCAAGGCGUUUCGGCGUCACGGCGCCGCGGGCGAAGCCGCGCUCGAACGAUUACGAAGACGAUUUCCUUUUUCGAAGACGUACCAGACGUUCCCGAUGUUCGGCGCGUUCGAUGAGAUUACGACGCUGAGCGCGAUUAGUCACGCGGACGAGCCGAAUUUGGCCCGCGAGGCGAACGCGCCGCUCGGCGCGCGAUUCGUCGCGACGCGAGACGUCGCCGCGGGCGAGGAGUUCACGUUGCAUCGCGGACGCGACUGCAUUUUAGAGGUGCCAGGCACGGGUGGGUUUUUAGCGCACUACGAGUGGGCCGUAGAGGGUAAGGAGGCGCCGUGGGAGCGCGCGGGCGCGGGAGGACGCGCGCGCGGCGGGAUAGACUAUAGCAAGUGGGACGACGUCGCGUCGAGCUCAUCGGAGGAUUUAGAUUAA